CGGCAGGCUCUUCUUCUGCACUCAGCUGAAAUAGAGGAGGUUAGAAAAUAAUGUCAGUUGUACAAACACAGCUGGAUCCUUUGACUUUAGUGCUGCCUUUUCUACUGCAAAAGGAAUCUUAUUGUAUCCCACUCAUGUCAGCCUUAGGCAGUGGCCAGCUAUGUAAUAAAUGCAGAUAGAUAAAAUACUAUGUUUGUCUUAAUUUCUUUUUCCACUGUAUUGUCAUGGGUCAGCAUUCUCUUUCUCCUCCCGGGGAUACAAACAGAAUCUGACUGUUAGACUUGACAUGCUUGGGCUGGGGAUUCCCAAUUCAUAUCCUAAGCCUGACCUGGGGAAAACCUUUGUUGGGUUGGCUUUUGUCUCAUUUCAGUAGAAAAGUAAGCCCAGGAAAAUGCAAGCAUUCAUUACCAGUCAAUUAAUGGUCUGUGGUUCUCUGCAUUCCAGUGUGGUUUAUCUAUAGAGAAAAUAAGCACCUUUGUUUCACAUCUAUUGAUGCAUCUGAAUGUUGACUCGUUAGCGUUUUUGAGGGCUGAAUGGCUCUGGUGCUUAGGUUAGGUGAAGCAACUUUCUAGGACCUAAGUGCAGCAGUGAGCUUUCGGCGAUGGUGGCAGGACUGUGGGGUAGUGCUGAGACUUUUUGUUCCCAGGUUGCUAAUUCACAUUCACUUGGUUGCCGAUGUGAGAUGGGAUUUCCAAGUUGGGACCUGGUACAGAAGUGUCUCUGAAAGGAAACUUUAUAACCAGUACCAAAUGGGCCUUUACUGGCAGUUUCAACAGAGAAGCCAAGGAUUUGAUAUUCCAGAGCACCAAACUCCCCUUUCUGAAGUGAAUCCUUUCAUAAGGGUUGAAGCAUAUUUCAGAGGCAUUGCAGAGGGGCUCCCUGCCCACAUUGUAAGAUUCUGCAUAAAAAAUAAAGGAUUUUAAGUUAUGCCUUGGUAGAUGUGAUGCAGCUUCACGUAGGGAUGUCCAGAAAAGGUUAAGCAGGGUAAUUUAGCUGACCUGGGGUGCUGUGUUCAUGUGGCUGUACUGAGAUUGGUAAUGAGUAGCCAUACGAUCUGUUGUGUUGUAUCAUGGAAACACAUCAAUCUCCAGAACCAGGGCAGGACUUCUGAUCAAGCUUAUUAACUUCUAUGAACUAGGGUUUCACAUGGAGAUUUUAUGAAUGUUAGAAAUAGGGAGUUUCUUCAUGUGGAACAUACCUUCCCUUCAGUAAUCUCUCUCUCCUUCUGAGACUUUACUGUGUUUAUGUGAGAGCUUUUGGUGCAAAAACUCGGAUGAGUCUGAACCCAAUCUGAGAGUGUGAAAUAAUCCAGUGUCAUUCCAAGAAAUCUUUGGAGAUGUUGGCAACAGCUUUAAAAUUAGCACUUGGAACAUGUUUUACCACAUCUCUUUUCUAAUUUCAAGAUGUGCAACCAACAAAGAGUGCAUUUGGUUGAGUGUCCUUACUUGUUUGUGCUCUUCCUGUAUUUAUUAAAUAAAUUCCAUUAACUCCAGCAAGAACUGUAUUUUUUUCAUCUAGGCCUGCAGAGCAGCAGAGGUGCUUUGGAGCACCGAACCAUACACGAUGCCAUUUGACUUUCAUAAAAAGACUUUAGAUUGUUAUAAAGCCACUAACCCAUCUAACAGGCAAGAAGACUGGGAAUACAUCAUCGGAUUCUGUGACCAGAUCAACAAAGAACUUGAAGGGCCACAGAUAGCUGUGAGACUUCUGGCUCACAAAAUCCAGUCACCACAGGAAUGGGAGGCAGUCCAAGCCUUGACAGUGCUAGAAGCUUGUAUGAAGAAUUGUGGGAGAAGAUUUCAUAAUGAAGUAGGGAAGUUUCGCUUUUUAAACGAGUUAAUAAAAGUUGUGUCUCCAAAGUACCUGGGGGACCGAGUCUCAGAGAAGGUGAAGACUAAAGUCAUUGAAUUGCUGUAUAGCUGGACAGUGGCAUUGCCAGAAGAAUCCAAAAUCAAGGAUGCCUACUACAUGCUGAAGCGACAAGGGAUCGUUAUGUUUGAUCCUGUGAUUCCUGCAGACAGAACCCUGAUUCCUUCUCCACCGCCUCGUCCCAAAAACCCUGUGUUUGAUGAUGAGGAGAAGUCCAAGCUUCUAGCCAAACUGCUGAAAAGCAAAAACCCAGAUGAUUUACAAGAGGCCAACAAGCUUAUAAAAUCUAUGGUAAAAGAGGAUGAGGCUCGCAUUCAAAAAGUGACAAAACGCAUGCACACGCUGGAGGAAGUAAAUAACAACGUGAAGCUGCUGAAUGAGAUGUUGGUUCAUUACAGCAAAGAGGACUCAUCAGAGGCUGACAGGGAGCUCAUGAAGGAGCUCUAUGAAAGGUGUGAAACUAAAAGACGAACAUUAUUCAAGCUGGCCAGUGAGACAGAGGAUAACGACAGCAGUCUGGGGGAUAUUCUGCAGGCCAGUGACAAUUUAUCCCGUGUGAUAAACUCCUAUAAAAAAAUAAUAGAGGGGCAAGUGAUCAAUGGUGAAGUGGAUCUCCCUGUGGUGCCUGUAGUGGAAGGGAGUAACUCCACAAGUAAUCUCAACACCCUCAUUGACCUUGCUGGAUUGGACGUCACCAGCACCCCUCCACCUCCAAUGCCACCCACCACCCUGACGCCAGCCCCCACAGUAGCCCCAGCCCCAGCUGAAAUCCCCAUUCUCCCGCCUCCUCCCCAGACGUUCACCCAGUUGCGGAGCAGUUCCUCUAGCCAAGUGGAAGCCGCACCCGCUCAGCAGAGCAGCACGGCCAACUCCCUCUCCUUGCUGGAUGAGGAGCUUCUGUGCUUAGGCCUGAAUGACCCAGCCCCUACAGCACUGAAGGAGACAUCAGAAAACAAUCAGUGGAACAUGUUUGAGAAUGACCAGUUGGACCUGGAUUUCUUUAAUCCGAAGAUGGUGACUGUUGCUUGCAACCCUGCAGGGAACCCUCUUCUCCAUCACACAUCACAGACCACAUGUGGAACGUCGGUGACGUUGCCCUCUGCUUUCACGGCCUCUCAGACUGCUCCCAGCAUCCCAGCACCAAACUCAGCACCAUUUGUAUUCUCUGCUGGACCACCUGCCCCUGUGGGGCCUCCUAAAACUAUUCCAGGUGCUCCUGGGUACUUCAGCUCAUCUGUGGGGAGCAAUAUGCCACAUAAGAUGGAUGCAUUGGAACAACUCCUUGAAGAAGCCAAAGGGACUGCUACCCAAGGCAUGGCGACACCCUCGGUGUUCCCUGGGGUUACUUUGCCAACCACUGUCACCUCUGCCCCAUUAAUUGCACCCGCAGGGCUGCCAGCCACUGCCCCUGGAGCCCCUCCAAUUCCGUUCCCGAGCAGCUGCACUGCUGGCUCAGGAAGUCCUCUCUUCCAGCCAGCAUCAUCCCAGCAGCAAGGCAGUCCCAUGAAAGCACCUGAAAUUUCUUUGGCCAAUGUCCAUGUUCCCUUGGAAUCCAUUAAACCCACAGGCAGUGCCCUCCCGGUGACAGCCUACGACAAGAACGGCUUCCGGAUCCUCCUGCACUUUGCCAGGGAGUGCCCGCCGGGCAGGUCGGAUGUGCUGGUCGUGGUGGUCUCGAUGCUGAACACGGCACCACUUCCUGUGAAGAACAUUGUGCUGCAGGCUGCCGUGCCAAAGUCCAUGAAAGUGAAGUUACAACCACCCUCUGGCACAGAGCUGUCUCCAUUCAAUCCCAUCCAGCCACCUGCUGCCAUCACCCAAGUCAUGCUUCUGGCAAACCCUACGAAGGAGAAGGUGAGGCUGAGAUACCGACUGACCUUCACACUGGGAGACCAGCCCAGCACAGAGGUGGGCGAAGUGGAUCAGUUUCCCCCGGUAGAGCAGUGGGGGAAUCUAUGACCUUAGGACACUGACAGAGACUCUGUGACAGGACCAGGAAAGGAUCCCACAGGCCUGGAAUGAAUGUGACGUGGGGAGGGACACACAUGCUAUCCACUGGUGAUGUUCAGCUUUGUUUACAUGUCCUGACCACUCUGCUUGUAGCUUUAGUCCAGAAUGUUUUGCCCCCCAUUGAAGGGGUCCUGGAACAUUUAUGCCAAGCAUGAACUGAGGGGCAGCCAGUAACGGGCAGUGCUGGCUGCUUUUAUCUUGACCUCUGGGUGAAUCUGGUUCUAUCUUCCACUCUAGUAAACUUGAAGUUAUUGUAUUUUGAGGGGAGACCUGUCAGCAGAAGGGGAUUUAGUUGGCUUGUUCCUGUACUGCUGUCCAGAGAUACCUACAGGCUGGUGGGGUAAUGAUGCCACCGUGAGCUUCCUCAGAGCAGAGCCCUUACACGUGCCCUCCCUCGGACUUGUACCUCCUCAGUGCCAGACUGGACCCGCUAAGCAUGUUGAGCAAUAAUGCUGGCUCCGUGAGGGAAUGCUUAUUUUUUACACUGAAAUGGCACUUAGUUCCCUUCCUCCCCCUCCGCUGCUUCAUUCCCAACGGCCAACGUAAGCAGACCCUCGCUCUGUGUUGUGCGACACUGCUGUAUCUUUAGUUGUUAUAUUUAUUUUAAACUGCCAGCUGCCUCCCCGUUGUAUCCAUUUGGGGGUAGCUGGGGCUCAGUUUUGUAUGCAAAUGGUUACACUGGUUAUUUUUCUGCUUUCAUUGCAUUCCACUGUGUGGGGAAAAAGAGGAAAUACGUAGUGAGGAGGCAAGUGGGGCUGGGAGCCGUCAGUAUUUGGUGGAGGACAGCGCCUGGAGGGCAGAAAUGUCUUUACAAUCACGAUCAGGUGCAGUGACUGAAUCCAGGGAUAAGGAGAGAUGGCUCUCGCCUCCCCUCAUGCAGGCAGUAUUAUUAUUGUAGUCGAAUACUGUGUUUUAUUCAGAUGAGUACAAUGACAUACCAGAUGUAAAUAAUAGAGCUAUAGGAUAUCUAAAUAGAAGCGAGCAGACAGUGAAAGGAAGGAAGGCUCCACUGGGCUGUGGUGAUGCAUGUGCUGGGUUUAAUGCCUUGUUUGUUUUAGCUGUUCCCUGUAUUAAGUGGCUAAGUGCAAUUGUCUCCAAGGGGGAAAGUAGUUUUGCUGGACAUCAGUGUUCUGCGCUAACGGGGGGCAGAGGAGCUGACCCCUCUAGCUACAGUCUCACAGUAACUAGGUUUAAAUCACUGGGACUUGAUUCUAGCAGUCCCUUCCUUCUCCCUCUUGAUUGCCCAUCUCAAGCAGUGCCUCAGCUAAGCUUUGAGACAGACUAUUCUAAAUUAACAGGUUUUUUUUAACAUCUGUUGACAAAAGCACAGAUAGGGCGGGUCCUUGGGCAUAAGCUCAGCAUUUCUAGCCAUGCUGGAAACCAGGUCCUGCCAAACCACGAGUGGGAGCUGUCACCUAAUGCACUGAGAUCAGUAUACAGGAAGAGACCCUGGCCUGGUCUGGGAAAAUUAAUGGUGGCUGUAAAACCCAUUACUGCAAACGCAGCUCGGAGUUACUUGUAGUUGAAUUUUUCUUUACUGUGUUGCAAAGUAAAAAUCACUAGAGGUGAAAAACAGCAGAUUCCAAGGCCUGAGGUCCUGAUCACAGGAGGCACCAGGCAGUUGUAGAAGCCCUGAAGGUGGAAUCAAAGCUCAGCUGAGGAACUUGCUAUAAACUCAUGGUCCAAAGCUCAUGAAGUCCCCAGCCUUGUCAGCUUCUGAUGCAGAAGAUAGGCGGGAGGGAUGGGGAUGUUGUUUGGAUCCUUAAAGUGCUUUUAAAUCGAUGGACUGGGAUAGUGGACAAGGAGAGAAUUCUUUCUGCCUCCGACCUGUUCUUGCCAGCACUUUAGACACAGUAGGCAUGCGGGUAGUGCUUAGGUCCCGGCGGUGUGUCCUGAGGAAGGAUUCACUGCUAUAGAUGCCUACAGGUGAAUCUCACUGUGACUUGGGGGAAGGCAGGAGAGCACAUGUGCUUUCUGCAGCAGCUUUGUUCUCAGUGUUACCGGCAGCGCGCUGCCCACGCCUACAGCCAGAUGGAAAGGGGCCGUAGUCUUGCUGGGUGGAAAUGCGUUGUUAAAAGCUUUGGAAACGAAACUAUGAAUGUUCCUUGUCUGUAGGGUGAGGUUCCUGCUUCAUACUGAACAGCCCUGACUGUAUAUAUACAUCUCAAAUGCGUUUGUUCUGCUGCAUGUUAAAUAAAUUGUUUUCCCUACUUUGCUCAGUGGA